AGGGCGCCUCCAGUCCCAGGUCACAUAGCCCGGAGUGCUGGGCCAGGGUACCUGGGGCCCUUGGGGUGGAGGGGGCUGGCCAGGUGAGCUCAGGGCAGCGGAGAGGCCACAAGACCACCGUUUGCCCUCUUUGGGAGCGGCGAUGUCCGUGCAGGUGGCGGCCCCCGGAAACGCGGCGCUGGGCCCGGAGCGCCUGAGCCCCGAGGAGCUGGUGCGCCAGACGCGGCAGGUGGUCCAGGGGCUGGAGGCCCUGCGGGCGGAGCACCGUGGCCUGGCCAGGCACCUGGCGGAGGCCCUGGCAGGGCAGGGCCUGGUGGCGGGCUUGGAGCUGCUGGAAGAAAAGCAGCAGGUGGUGAGCCACGCGCUGGAGGCCAUCGAGCUGGGACUGGGUGAGGCCCAGGUGCUGCUGGCCCUGUCCGCGCACGUGGGCUCCCUGGAGGCAGAGAAGCAGCGGCUGCGAGCGCAGGCCCGGCGGCUGGCCCAGGAGAACUCGUGGCUGCGGGAGGAGCUGGAGGAGACGCAGCGACGGCUGAGGGCCAGCGAGGAGGCCGUGGCCCAGCUGGAGGAGGAGAAGAGCCACCUCGAGUUCCUAGGGCAGCUGAGGCAGUAUGACCCGCCCGCGGAGAACCAGCGGCCUGAAUCCCCGCCUCGCCGGGACAGCCUGGCCUCCCUGUUCCCCAGUGAGGAGGAAGAGAGGAAAGGUCCGGAGGCAGUGGGGGCCGCAGCCGCUCAGCAGGGGGGCUAUGAGAUCCCCGCCCGCCUUCGGACCCUGCACAACCUCGUGAUCCAGUACGCAGGGCAGGGCCGCUACGAGGUCGCCGUGCCACUGUGCCGCCAGGCCUUAGAGGACCUCGAACGGAGCUCAGGCCACUGCCACCCUGACGUGGCCACCAUGCUCAACAUCCUGGCGCUGGUGUACCGGGACCAGAACAAGUACAAAGAGGCCACAGACCUUCUCCACGAUGCCCUGCAGAUCCGGGAGCAGACGCUGGGCCCCGAGCACCCCGCGGUGGCCGCCACCCUCAACAACCUGGCUGUGCUCUAUGGGAAGCGCGGGCGCUACCGGGAGGCCGAGCCGCUGUGCCAGCGUGCCCUGGAGAUCCGUGAGAAGGUCCUGGGCACCGACCACCCGGACGUGGCCAAGCAGCUCAACAACCUGGCCCUGCUCUGCCAGAACCAGGGCAAGUUCGAGGAGGUGGAACAGCACUAUGCCCGAGCCCUGAGCAUUUAUGAGGCCCUGGGGGGGCCCCACGACCCGAACGUGGCCAAGACCAAGAACAACCUGGCCUCGGCCUACCUGAAACAGAACAAGUACCAGCAGGCAGAAGAGCUGUACAAAGAGAUCCUCAGCCGGGAAGACCUGCCUGCCCCUCUGGGAGCCCCCCCCACAGGCACGGCUGGGGACACAGAACAGCAGCCCCUGCGUCGGAGCAGCUCAUUCUCCAAGUUCCGCGAGUCCCUCCGGCGUGGAAGCGAGAAGCUGGUCUCCCGUCUCCGAGGCGAGGGGGUGGCUGGGGCAGCAGGAAUGAAGAGAGCCAUGUCGCUCAAUAUGCUGAACGUGGACGGUCCAAAGGCUGCAGGGACCCAGUUCGCCAACCAGCACCUGAGCGAGGCUGCUCGGACCCUCAGCGCCAGCACCCAGGACCUGGGCCCCCGCUGAAGUUGACAGGACCACACGGCUCCAGCUUCUCAGGAAGAGUGGGGAAGGGGUGGAGGUUGGCCUUUCAGCUCCCGGAUGACCUCUCCCCUGGGGGGGCCCCCAGGGUACCGGGCUUCACUGUGCCCCACUCUCCUCCUGCGAUUAAAGGCUGUAGAUUCGGAAGCCA